UUUUCAGUGCUCAACAAACAGUCAGUCGUUGCGAGCAGUUGUGAGUGUUCAUAGCAGAUUUUGAAGAUUGCGGAGUUGCUGUUGUUGGCAGAGCAGUGCUUGUUUUAUUACCUUUCGGUAUUGAAGUAGUGAGGAAAAUAGCAGGAAAAACGAGAAAUAAGAACCAGCUGAGAAAAAAAUAUAACAGCUCUCGAGCAAAGUGUGGAACAUUUUGCGUUGUCGUUAUAUUUUGCUGGAUGCUAAAUAGAAAAUAGAUUUCGCGAGUGUUAAUCCGAAAAGUGCGUUUCUGGUGCUUCUAAAAGUAACACCCCCUUACUGUAUAUCAUUUGUGAAAUGAUAAACUCCGCAACUAAGAUCAAAUUGUGAAUACGUUAUACUUAAAGUUGGGUGCUGAAUUUAUUAGCUUGAUCAGACUGUAGAACCAAAAGCAUUUAUUUACACUAAAAAUUAUAUCUGUAAUCCAGAUAGCAAAAACCGACACAAUCUGAAACAGUCUAAUAUACCUACAACGGAUUCAUCGCACCUCAACAUAGCGAAUGGCAUUGAAUAGAGCAUUAUACAUAGGCACCACAUAAAAUUUUCUAAUCUUAGCCUCCGUAAGAAACCGAGCGAAGUGAAUAGAGUCAAUCCCAACCACUGUCAGUGCAGAAAUCAAUCAGGAAGCAAUCAUAGUGCGAAAAAAGUGAGAAAAAAUAUCGUCUUCGGGCGAAGAGUUUUUCCUCGAUUUAAAAUAUAUAGCAGGUGCAGCAAAGCUGAACUCGAAGCAAAUAUACAGCUCAAGUGAGUUUGCAGUUUCGGCUAGCGCUUGAUCUGUACCCUUUCAGUCGGCGGAUAUUAAUCAUUUCGUCUGAAAAAGCUCACCGUCCAUCGUGAUACUAAAGAAAGGAGCGAACAUCACCGUUGCACGACUCGAGCAGAAACAGCAAUAAAAUGCCAUUCAUCUCCAAAGAUUGGCGCUCGCCCGGUGAGGCCUGGGUAAAGACUGAGGAAGGUUGGGAAAAGCUGAAGGUUUUGGAAUGUGUUAAAAGGAAAAGAUGCAUAUCUGAAUGCAGUAGUUCUAGUGAUACCGAAAAUGAUAUUGAGAAUAGCGACGUAGAAAUACCGCCACACUGUCAUAUCACACUAAAAUGUACUCGAGAAAUUGCCGGUUUUAACGGAUUAGGCGAAGCUGUUCGACGUUUAGACUUCCGCAGCUCUGUUCGAGAUGGUCGCCGUUUUAACUAUGUAUGUGCCCUGCUGCGGCUUCUCGUUUCCGGGAAGGGCAUCACCAGUCUUCCCGGUGGAGCUCAACGACUGCUGUUGCAAAUGUUGGAAGAAGUAGCAACGUACGUUAGUGAUUCACAGCAAAACAUUAAUGUACUGCGCGGUCUAGUGCAACAAUUGCGUUCGCUUGUAAAUCAAGAAAAUCAAAAAUGUUGGGGGAAACCCCUUGGAAGCCAGAGUCUCUGGGAAGGGCAUGUCCAGACAAUUCAAAGGAUUCAAAAUAUUGCUAGUCAAAUACAAAUUAAAGAGCCUGGUCCAAAUAUUCGCCCAAAGCUACAUGAUCUGCCAGAAGAAUGUGUUCGGGAAAUUAUACUUAGAAUAACCGAUUAUAAAGAUCUCGAUGCUUCUGCGUCUGCCUGGUCACUAAUGGCAGCACUAAUCUCUGAACAGCGAGUGUGGCGGGAAUUGUCCCACUACCACUUUACGAAACAACAAAUAGAUGUUAUUUUAGAUAAAAUGUGUCUCCAGGACACAAAGGAGCGUCAUAGAAAUUGGCAGGCCAUUUACCACGCUCUUAGAAAAACAUACGGUGUACCCGAAGAACUGCAAUAUGCUGAAAUUUUAGCCUUCUGUCGACUUUGCCGAUGCCUUUUUUGGCCCUCAGCUGGUCAUCCUUGUAUUGUUGAUCAAUAUCCGGAUAUACGACAGCGCAUCCGAGAGGCUGGUAACGACGAUAACACCGAAACACAACCGGUGCCACCGGCUCAAUUCCUUAAAUAUUUCUCCUUGUAACUUUUGUAAUCGAGACGCGUAAUUUAUUAUUGGGGUGAAUUGUGACAAGCAUCUUUCCCGGCCGAGAUAUACCAAGUCGCAACUGAAAAACAUGGAAUUGAGGUUUAGUAGAAAUUAUAUUCAGCUUGCCAAUUAUCAACAGCCUGAGAUAAGUGUUCGAAUUCAAGGUUCUAUCGGUGAUCGAGCCAAAGAAACAACAAAAGCAAACAAUAACCAUUACAUAUUACAAGAUUUUAUGAAGUGAAAUAUUGAUCAACGUAUGGUUUUAUGGACGGUGCUCAAUCGAUGCUGAUCUCGAAGAAAAAUUUACUGUCAAUGACUUUCAUCGGUUACGGAAAUCCAACAUAAAAACCACAACGAAUUUGUUAUUUACGAAAAUUGUCUAAGAGUCAUGAAUCAGAACAGUGAUGCUAUGCUAGAAUAAUGUAUUUACAAUAUUUAAAUGCAUACCGAUGUGCAAUACAUAAUAACGCGUAGAAUUUUCAUUUUUAUUCAACUGGUUUCAAGAGUCCUAACAAGUUUAGGAAAUCGCCAUGAACAGCGAACGGUUCGGUGGUUGCUGUUGAAGUUGUGAAAUUCAAUUAUCACAUUUUUUAAUUUUUUGAGUGAACUCAAUCUAUCCUUUGUCUACACGCUAGAACCUUUCGAACUGAAAUUACGAUUUUAACAAAUACCCGCGCAAUAAAACUCGCUUAGGAUUAUUGCAACCAAGAAUUUAAUAACCUGAUUAUUUCUUAACUUCUUUUUUUUCCUUGAACUUUAUCAAUUGCAGCAUCGGCCGUUCAAACGUUUGUAUUGUAUCAACAGCAUGCAACCUUUAAAAGGACAAAGAACAUGACUUAGCCAGUAAAAUUUUACAUGGAUUACUCAUAGUUUUCAGUUCCGUAGUAAAAAAUUGAGCUUGUGAUGUGUUUCAAUUUAUAAGUACGUUUUAAUAAGCAAGAUAUGUGAUAAAUAUAACAUGGAAAAUCUCUCCAAAUCAAACACUCGUACUAAGGUUAUUAUCGGCAGCACAGCAGAAUUUUAACCGCUAAUUUGGGCUUCCGAUAUAACCUUUUUUAUUCGAAACUAUUAGAACAAAUAUUGCUACUCUCCUAUUUUGGAUGUUCUUUUACUACUGUACUUUAUAUCUCUAUUCAAGACUUUAAAUAUAAUAUGUAUAUUUAUAAUCGUUAAGGUGAAUGUCAUUAACCUAGUUCACGGCUAAAAUUUUUCAGACAGUUAUGAAACAGAACGACAGCUAGAUUAAAUGCAACUAAUUUUUGUGUGCUAGUUAUUUCACUCAUAGAAUUCAAUUAUGAAAAAAAAGUUCCUUCGUGAGAAAACUGUGUCGGAGAUCAGAAAUAAUCGUCACAGUGAAUUCCAUGUUGUACUAUCUCUGUGCUUUUAAAGUUAUAAUUCCAGCAGAAAAUGCUUUGUUUCUUCGAUUUCAGUUCACAUUUUAAUACCUACGAACAAAUUUGCACUAAAAGCAGAGUCUGUUGCACAGUCAUAACCACCAAGACAUGUUUUGUGUGCUGUAGACCUAAUAGCGAAAACUAAUAGUUCAUAUACCAAUAGAAAAUAAAAUCAGUUGCACCGUCAACAUGCCCAGCCGGAUAAAUCCUAACCAUUAGCAAUGAUUACAAAUUUAGGAACGAGGACAGCUAAAAUAAGGCAUGCUAAUUGCUACAACCCUAAUCAAAGCACAGAACAGUAUAUUGAAGCAGCAAAUAUGAAAAUGAAAACAAGAGAUUAAUAUUAAUAAUAUACUAUGUAUUUCAUAUAUGAAAAACACAUGAAAAGAUAAAAUUAUAUUUUAAAUAUAAAA